CCCGGAUGGAACGGAAAAGGCGGCGGGGGAAUCCACUGUAUAGUGGAGCUUUUCAAAGGACAUACAGUGUGAGUCGGAUAUGGAUCUGCUCUGCUGGGGUAGUGGGGAGCUUGGCCAGACUGGACGUGGCAGGCCAGGGGAUGUCGGUCCAGAGGAGGCUCAUCUGAGAGAGUUCACAUCGGCAAGGCUCGGCACAGUGAAGCUGCUUGCAUGUGGAUCCAGUCACUCCAUAGUGGUUACAGUGGACAACAAGAUCUUUGCGUGGGGAAAUGGCACCAGUGGACAGCUUGGAGAUGGAGAGAGGGCAAUAAAGGACCAGAUCGUCGAGGUUAAGUUGCCAAAGGAACUGAAUGCUGAAGGACGGGACACAGAUGUGGAUGUCGACAUUAUAGUCGGUGUGGCCUGUGGAAGCAGACAUUCCUUCCUGUGGACUCAAACUGGACAGGCCUACAGUUUUGGGAACAACUUUUAUGCCCAGCUAGGCUAUGACUUCCAGAGGGCUGACUUUAAAGAGCACCAGCUGGCACCGCGUUUGUUCCAGAAUCUUCCAUCACCUCUGAAAAUAUCUCAAGUGGCCUGCGGAGAGCGACACACUCUGUUUGCGCUGGAGGAUGGCAGUGUGGCGGCAUGUGGGCAGAAUGAUUAUGGACAAAUUGGCAGUGGUUCUAAUGAAAAUGUGGUCGUCCCACGCUUUGUGGAGUGUGUGGGCCAUGUGUCGAAGGUCGCCUGUGGGGCGAACCACAAUCUUGUUCUGACAGGUGACGGCAGGUUGUUUCAGUGGGGCUGUGGACGGGCAUGUGGGAACAUAAAGAGCAACAUCAUGCUCCCAGAGGAAGUGACGCUACCAAACUUGCCAUACAUGCAGACGUAG